AUGGUUCCACACUGCAUCAGUUAUGUUGAGGGAAACUGUUUGUACUGUGGAAAGGGGCAGAGUGGGGGGCAUUUGGAGCACGAGGACUCACCGAACACCCAGAGAAACGUUGCAACGAGCUCCUGUGACACAGCUGAGAAUGUGCAUCACGUUCAGAUCGAUAGGCAGCAAGAAACAAGCUGGAAAGACGAAGAAACCAGUGAUACCAGUGUGACAAGUUCCCAAGUGUUGUUGCAAAAUCCAGGUGUGCAGCAUCUGGUCUCAGCUGGAGUGUGCUUCCUUAAAACUGACGAGCAGAGUUUGCAUUAUCUCGGCUCUCAGCAGAAGCUGCUCUCUGACAAACGCCACGGAGAGUCUGACGUGACGAGUCAGGAUCACCACCGCGACCUGCAGCACCAGCUGUUAUGGUUACCGGACAGCGCAGACGGGCGGGUGAUUUUGUUGACUGUCCCGACCGACGACGAGCCGCAGCGUUUUGUCACGGUGGAGAACGUGGCCGGCGAAGAAAAAAACGUUCUUUUGUCAGAGCUGGAUCUAAAAGGUGUGGAAUACUUCACAGACAGCGGCGGAGGCGUGUCCAGAGCUGAGGCGGCGCCGGAUCAACACAGUGAGCAGAGUUCAGACGGUGCGUUCGUGGAAAUACGGGACGAUGUCAGGAUGAAACUUAAAGAGCACCUGGAGGGUUUCCACCUUCAGCUGAGCACUGAGUUUAGAAACUAACAAGGAUGAUAUACAUCUGUAUCAUUUUAAUGUGACUGCACAUUUCACACCUCUCGUUUAUUAUUGUUUUUAUGAUAAUGAAACAGUUCAAACCCCAGAAUCAACCUUCAGUCUUUAGUCAGCAUAGUAUUACAGAUACGAUUGGUUAAAACACUAGCAUACCCUUACUGCCGUGUUACAGCCUCUCCUCUAUUACGCCUUAAAAAGGCUCGCCCAUCUAUGCUAUCAGCCACAUCAUUGAAAACACAGCUUAAAUCCAAGUUCCUGGCGUUAUUCUCGUCUCCACUUCCUCUUCUAAGCUCGACUCUUUUGUUUUGCUUAGCUGAGCUCCAAAGGUUUGCAGAUAUUUUGCACAAAUGACAGGAAACACGUUCAGGAAGUACAACCAGCUCCCGCUCACCAUUAAAACCUCUCAGAGAUGGUAACUACUUUAAUCGGUGUGACUGUACAUUUAGAGCUAAACGUUCAUACUGCUGGCGUUUGUUUAAAAGACUUAAACAUACAGCGCAGCUCUUUUAAGAAUACAAGCAUCCAGUGUAGAGUAGAGAAGGGGAUCUCCUUCCUUCAGGGCUGCCCCGCCUGACAUCACUGUAUUAAAUGCUCUCUCCCACCAUGCGUUUGGUCUCGUGUCGUCUAAUCUCUUCUCUCUCCCUUUGUGCCCGAUCGCUCACACCAGAGCCUGGUU